AUGGUAUCUUUCAAAAAUUGUAUCGAGGAUAUCCUUGAAGCAUCUUCUAGAGAGCAACUGGUUGCGCUUGCGCUUAUUAACCAGCGUGAAGAAUUAAAUCAAUCCUCACUUCUGUAUCGACAAAAUCCUGAUCAUGAUCCGAAUGAUCAUGCAGAUUGGGAUGUUGACAGAUGGAGAGAGGCAUAUACGACCCUUCUCGGCACUCAUAGUGCCCGGUUGUCCACCCUUCGACAAGAGAGCAACAGAAAUAUUGUCGAAGCUCAAUCACACGUCAAUCUCCUCCCGGGCAUUAUUCAGGACCUGCAGCAGGCUGGAGCUGAAUUAAGCUCAGAGCAUCUUUUCGACAUCGGUAUAAUUCUCUUCAACAUCCCCAUCGGUACCGAGUCGGUGCAGGCAGAAGAGACUAGUACAUAG